ACAAGUCAUGUGAUCUAUUACUGACAAAAAAACAACUGAAACCGACAGUCUUUCGGCAUUUGAAGACGCACACAUCUAUCGGGGAUCGAUCUGAUAGCUAACAUGCAGAACGCCAUUAAUUCCGUAAAAGGCACCGCCCUUGGUGUAGCCGAGUUUUUUACUCCAGUGCUGAAGGAAUCCAAAUUCAAGGAGACAGGAGUUAUCACUCCAGAAGAGUUUGUAGCUGCUGGAGAUCACCUUGUUCAUCACUGCCCCACAUGGAAAUGGGUGUCUGGGGAAGAGGAGAAGGUGAAGCCGUAUUUACCCAAGGAUAAGCAGUUCCUAUUGACUCGCAAUGUUCCCUGCUACAAGCGCUGUAAACAGAUGGAGUAUUGUGAUGAACUGGAAGCCAUCAUAGAGGAGGAUGACGGAGAUGGAGGAUGGGUCGACACCUACCACAACUCAGGUAUAGGGGGAGUUACAGAAGCUGUACGAGAAAUCUCAUUGGACAACAAGGACAUGAACAUGAAUGUGAACUCUGGUGCUUGUGGGAACGGAGAUGAUGAUGAUGAUGAAGACGAGGCAGCAGAUAUGGAAGAGUAUGAGGAGAGUGGACUACUGGAAACAGAUGAGGCCACCCUGGACACCAGUAAAAUGGUGGACUUGUCUAAAUCCAAAACGGGAGAAGCUGGGAGCGAUGACAUCCUGCAGACUCGAACCUAUGACCUCUACAUCACAUAUGACAAAUACUAUCAGACUCCUCGACUCUGGCUAUUUGGAUACGAUGAGGACAGACAGCCCCUGACAGUGGAUCAGAUGUAUGAGGACAUCAGCCAGGAUCAUGUGAAGAAAACCGUCACCAUCGAAAAUCACCCCCACCUACCACCCCCAGCCAUGUGCUCUGUGCAUCCCUGCAGACAUGCUGAAGUGAUGAAAAGGAUCAUCGAGACGGUGGCGGAAGGGGGAGGAGAGCUUGGAGUUCAUAUGCAUCCUUUAAGGGAAUUGUCGGCUCAGCUGAAGUCAGGUGUUUUUAAUGCAGCUUGGUGAUUUAAGUGUAUCUGUUGAUUUUCUUGAAGUUUGUCCAGGCCGUCAUCCCCACGAUAGAAUACGACUACACAAGGCACUUCAACAUGAAGCUCCAUCCUACAGAGGUGUAGGCUACUCUUGCUACUCAUCUUUGAGUGUAGGAGGAAUCUGUCUUCUGGCUGGCAGCGUUAGUGGGGUAUGGAAUGUUAUCUCUGGGAAUGACUCUUGGAAUAUUCUGGGUACUCUGACCCUCUUUGCGUGGGAAUAGGUUAAAUCGCUGAGGGGUUGAUGGGUGUGUACAGAUGUUGGUAAUGCUGUAAUCCCAAUGAUGUAAUGGCUUUAUGUGGUGACCGAUCUCGCAGUGUUUUUGUCUGGAAGAUUCUCACUCUGUACUUGGCAAAUGCCCAGCUCUGCCAUUAACAACCAUUCAAAGAUAACUAUAUUUAUUUUACAUUAAUUCACUCAGACAGGCUUUCACGUUUUCUCCAUUUUGUUUUUAUAACUACACCUUCUUUUUUUACCAUAGUAAGGGUGCCACUAAUGUCUUCUCAAAUGCUUACCAAUUAAAUGUUGUUGAAAGAAAUCUAACAAAUGUUUUGUCCACAUUAUAGCUUUUUCAGUGUGAUGCACUGUGCUGGACUAAUGUUUGGACCUCUUUACUGUUUCAGACCAAUGCCAGUUUGUCUUAAUAGUAAAGUGUACAUGGUCUUUUGGGCCCAGGACCAUUGUUGGUUCCUGUAAGUGGAGUCGGUGUCCUUUUUGGGGGUUUUCUUUGCCCAACUCUUCUUUUUUUUGACCCUGUUCCACUGUCUUGUCCUGUAGAGAUGACAUCAUGAUUGUGUCAUAUGAAUAUGUGAGCGUUACCAUUUUGUGUGAUGACGCACAAGGCUACCUGUAUCACCAGAUUAUUCAAAGACACGGUAUAUCGGGAGUUUGACUGAGUCUUCUCUAAUAUAGAAAGAUGUCAGUUCUGCACAGUGCAUUCAUUGUUAACUAUAGUACUCUUCUCUUAACAGUAUGUAUAACUCACUCAUUAAUGCUGAAAUAUUGACUGUAAAAUGUCUGAUUAACUGACUCCAGAAUACUUGAUCUUUUCCUGAGAAUCAGCUGGACAGGUGUUGUGGCCCUUUUAUCUGUUGAUCCUAUAGACUCCUUGUGUAACAGCUCAGUCGUAACACACUGAACAUGUUAAAGUAAUGUACAUUUAUAGCAAUAAAAAUCCCCAAUCUCAUUGA